ACAAUAUUUUAGGUUUGUAAACUUAUGCUUUUAAUCUCAUUAGUUUUUUUUGUAUAUAAUAGUACUUUUGUAUUCAUUUGCAAACAUGAAACAAAGCCUCUCAUUUUUAUAUGAAAGCUCUAUUUCUGUUCUUGCUUGAGAGAGUGGGUAUUUUAGUGUACGUGAUGGGGUAUCCGAUCCAAACAGUAAGAAAGUAAUAUGUUUUCAGGUCGCUGCGUGGAGCUCUUGUGUUUGCAUGAUAUUAUAAAAUAUACAUAUAUAUCGCCAUUGAUUUUAAUAAACCGAUAAUAUAUAUAUAUCAAAAAGCAUUUGAUGAGUACCAAUAUAUAGUGACAUACAUACUAUUUUACUAUCAUUAAGUGUAAAUUAAUAUGAUGGAUACGUAAAAGGAAAAAAAAAUAGUACAUUUUGUAAUUUUAUAGGAUCUAUGGCGUGGAUGUACCGGAAGUUAGCAACAUGCGGUGGUGAAGGAGGAAGUGAAUGGGACGAUGAUGUAUACGAAGGUGUACGAAAAGUAUAUGUUGGGCAAGAUCUCUCACGUAUUACCUACAUCAAAUUCGACUACGUGAAGGUCGACGGUGAAGUAGUAACACGUGAAUAUGGGACAGAAAGUCAACACCCUAAAGAGUUUGAAGUUCAAUAUCCGGACGAACACAUCAUAUCGGUGGAGGGAAGCUACAAGAAAGUGGGUCUAUAUGCCACGGACGUGAUCACGUCUCUCGUCUUCAAGACCUCAAAGGGUAGAAAGUCUCCAAUGUUUGGUCCAAACUUGCUCGGACUUGUGACCGGUACAAAGUUUGGUUUUGAGGAUCAAGGAAAGAAGAUCGUAGGGUUUCAUGGACGGUCGGGUGAUGCUCUCGACGCUCUUGGAGUUUACUUUGUGCAUGACUCUCUCAGCACGUCGUUGUCUCCUCUUUAUAAGCUGGAUGCUCAAGGUGGUACAGAGGGACUUGUUUGGGAUGAUGGCUCUUACGAUGCCGUUAAAACGCUGCGAAUAUGUCAAGAUGAUUGUCGUAUUACUUAUUUAGAGUUCGAGUACGAGAAAGCUGGGAAGUCGGAGAUAUUUCAACAUGGGGUGAAAGGAGGAACACCAUCCGAGUUUGUGCUUGAUUACCCGGAUGAAUACAUCAAAACGGUGGAAGCAACCUAUGAUAAGCCAAAACUUUUUCAAAAUACCGUCAUCACGUCACUUACCUUCCAAACAUCAAAGGGUAGAACAUCAUUCUUUGGGUAUAAAGUAGAUAAGAAGUUUGUCCUUGAGCAAAAGGAUCGUCGACUUGUUGGAUUCCAUGGGAAAGAAGGUGACGCUAUUGAUGCUCUAGGAGCAUAUUUUGCACCUAUUCCUGCUCCAACACCUUUGAUUCCAGCCAAGAAACUACCAUCCGUAGGCGGCAACGGAGGAGUUACAUGGGAUGAUGGUGUUUACGACGAUGUAAAGAAAAUAUACGUAGGACAAGGUAACGAUGGUGUAUCCUUUGUCAAGUUUGAGUACAUUAAAGGCACAAGUUUGGUUACUGGAGAUGAUCAUGGGAAGAUGACAUUACUUGGAGCUGAAGAGUUUGUUCUUGAGGAUGGUGAAUAUCUCACGGCCUUGGUAGGCUACUACGAUAAGAUAUUCGGAGUGGAGGAGCCAGUAAUUAUCUCACUUCAGUUCAAGACGAACAAAAGGGAGUCAAGUCAGUUUGGAAUGGAUUCCGGUGAGAAGUUCACUUUUGGGGAGAAUGGCCACAAGAUCGUCGGGUUCCAUGGACAAGCUAGUGAUGUUAUCCACAGUGUUGGAGUCACUGUUGUACCCAUCACUACCGAAUGAAAAAAAGCUGGAUAUUAUUAAUAAUAAAACCAGCCAGUCAUGUGGGUUGAAUAAAACUUUUAAUAAGCUACUGUGUGUUCUCUUUAUUUUGCCACGGUCGAAGUUAUUUAUUAUAUUCAGAAAAAAUUGCAAGACGUUUUGUUUUGUUU